AUGGCUGCAUGGGAGGGUAAUGUGGAUAGAUACGCUCGAUUGAUGCACCCACGGAGACUCAGAACGGAAACUGAAUACAAUUGUAUUCUUCGUGGGAUUUAUCACCACACAAGUUUUGCCCGAUGGUGGGCCUAUCAGCUAGAAACCAACUCUCGCCGAAGGCGAGUCAUUCUUCCAGGUAAAUUGCUUACCGAAGGCAAUGAGCGCGAGUGUCGCGAGAUUCGUACUGCGAUAAAUGCUCGCAAAAUCAUGAACAAUGAUAUCUCUGACCUUGAUGAUGACUCCGACUGCCUCCCUUGGCUUAUCUGGUGGCCGGUAAGGCCUCAUGAGAAUACUUUACGUGAGCUGGCUAGUAAGUGUCCGUCCAUGAGACACCAAAUUGCGAUUACCGCCAUACUUUGUGACUACAAAUCGCUUUUCAGGUCGUUAAAGCCCCCUCCCCGUGAGUCCUUCUUCGAGACUGCUAAACAGAGCAGAAACCCGUUAUACCUCAAAUAUCUAGAGGAAUUUGUUAGGGAGCGUUCUAUUGGAAGCAGAGAAAUCUCAGAGUUCGGCCCUUACGAUACCACUGUGGAAGCAAGUUUACAGCCUGAUUUGGAGCCUAGAGAUUCCUUUGCUCAUUCUUCUAUCCAAUUUUCUGAUAUGAUUAUUCCUUGGGGCCAGCAUCCCAGAGACGAAUGGGGCUCUCCUGGUAUCUAUGGCGGUCAGCCGGCUGACCCGGGGGUUGUGGAGAGAUAUAUGUGGCUGUCAUUGGAAACUGCGCAGAAGAUUGAAGACGAAUCUAGCGGAAUCUAUAACGAUAGCGCGGAUACUGGCUACUUGUAUAUUGAAGAUGAUGAUCCGGAGAACGAACUUUGGCUGAAGCUCUCACGUCCGCUAAAGCAUAUGACGUCCUUCGAAAUGGAAGACUGGGAGGAUGAAAGCUAG